GCAUUAAUUUUUCUUCUUUCCUUGUUUUUUUUGGGAGAGGAAAAUUAAGCACAAUUCACCGAGCCGAAAACGACGGCAAAAGUUGCAGUUUAUCCCGGUUUCCGGUUUUUAGCGGUUUUCGUCGGGUUCAACCUGUUUCUAUUUGACACUCGAUCGGCGUUUUUGCUGGUUCAACCGGUCGGACCGACCCCAAUUUGAACACGUGCUCCAAGCAGCAGCUGCUGCUGUUUCUUCUUCAAAUUUUAGAUAUUUUCUCUUUACAUUUCUGUUCAUAAUCGGCGGCAGUUAAUAUGCUCUCAGGUCUCUCUCUUUCUCUCUCAAUAAUAAGUGUGUGAUUGCAUGAUUGAGCAUUGUGUGAUGUAUGAACAUUUACGGGACCUGUGCAUUCCGCACAUCAGGUGUUUGUGAAAACUCCUGAUAGAAAGAUGCAGCAAUUCGCAACCUUUUUCUUUUGAUACCCACCUUACGAUCUCUGAUGUAUUGUUCUGUAGCUUUGAGGUAUUCUGCAAAUUUGAUGUUCUCUCUUUCUAAGGUGGCAAUGUGGGAGUACAGCUUUUGCCUGAAGUGUCUACUAUGCAUAAACGUCCAGUGGAACAUAAAAUUGACCCACCAAGCACGCCGCCAAUCUGCAGGUCUCUCAUGGACGGAAAUCCGUUUUUCCAAUAUCCCAGUCCUCCAAAAGAUGAAAGUAACAUGUACGCUGCAUCACUCAGAAAGUGUUUCUGCUGCUCAACAGGAACACAAUAAGAUUAGACCUUCAGUUAAAAUGUGUGGAAUCACAUCAGCUAGAGAUGCUGCUAUGGCAGCAGAAGCUGGUGCAAAUCUUAUUGGGAUGAUUAUUUGGCCCAACUCAAAAAGGUCUGUUUCGCUUUCUGUUGCCAAGGAGAUUUCGAGAGUGGCAAGGGAACAUGGAGCUGAGCCUGUUGGGGUAUUCGUCGAUGAUGAUGCGGAAACUAUACUAAGAGCUUCAGAGAAAGCAGAACUUGGAUAUGUGCAGCUUCAUGGAAAUGGUUCUAGGGAUGCUUUUCAAACCGUAGUCAAACAAAACAAAGUAAUAUAUGUUCUUCAUGCAAAAGAAGAUGGUGAACUUUUGAAUUCAAUUUCUGAUGAAGAAUGCUCUCAAGUUGAUUGGAUUCUUGUUGACAGUGCUAAAGGCGGCAGUGGGAAAGGGUUUGAUUGGUCCAGGUUCAGAUUUCCCUCUAUUAGGAGCAGACAAGGAUGGCUGUUAGCAGGAGGCAUUAAGCCUGAUAAUGUAUUUGAAGCUCUUUCGACCCUAAGGCCGACUGGCGUUGAUGUUAGCAGCGGCAUUUGUGCUCCAGAUGGAAUUCAAAAGGAUAAAUCGCGAAUAUUGUCCUUUAUGGAGACAGUGAACUCUGUGCAUUAUUGAGUGAUGGAUCUUCUGAAACCAUGACUUCCAAUGUCUGUAUUCAAGUGUUGUUUCUGGAAGUAUCCUCAUUUUUACUCAUCUGAAGCUUUAAUUCUCCAUAACCAUAACACUUCAUUCUUCUUGUAAUGGAAGGAGAAAUCUGCUAUUUUUACUAAUUAACUAACUGAAUGCCCUGCAGUAAUACUAGUAUAUACUUCCAUCUUCA